AUAAAUGCCUGUACCGUAGCACCGCAGUACCUAACUACAUACUAUAGCAUUCUCAUCCGAUUUCACCAACAACUUCAAACUCAUCAACUCAUUGACUCCUUAACUCAUUCAACACAUUCCCGACAAAUAAACAAUUAUUUGUUCUCACUUGAAAUUUGAGGUGAAGCUUGGUCAUAUCAAAUCGAAUUAAUCGUAAUCAUACCUUUACCAUCUAGGUAUCUGUCUGUGUUUGAAGCCCAAUCCUACCAACAUGGAUGUCGUCCAAGCCGUCUCGGGCUACAUCUCCAAGAUAGUGGCGGCUGGAGACAGCGCAUCAGGGACCCCAUCUGCUAAGAUGAAGAUACUCCUACUAGACAAAGACACUGUACCCAUAGUCUCCACAGCCAUUACGCAGUCAUCUUUACUCAACCAUGAGGUCUACCUCACAGAUCGGUUGGAUAAUCCGAAUCGUGAAAAGAUGCGCCACCUCCGAUGUUUAUCCUUCAUCCGGCCAUCCCCAGAUUCCAUUCAACUUCUGAUCGAUGAACUACGGGACCCAAAGUACGGUGAAUACUACUUGUACUUUAGUAAUGUGGUAAAGAAGUCGUCUCUCGAAAGAUUAGCUGAAGCAGAUGACCACGAGGUAGUCAAGCAAGUCCAAGAGCAUUUCGCCGACUAUAUCGUCAUCAAUCCAGACCUCUUCUCAUUCAAUUUCACGUUACCACACCAAAGAAUAUGGAGUGGAAACCCAGAUUUAUGGAACCCAGACUCGUUACAGCGUACGACAGAGGGGUUAAUAGCUAUUCUGCUGUCGCUCAAGAAAAAGCCUCUCAUCCGGUAUGAGAGGAAUAGCCUAUUAGCCAAGAAACUGGCCACCGAAGUACGAUAUCACAUAACCCAGGAGGAACAGUUAUUCGACUUCCGGAAAGUUGACACGCCUCCGAUACUUCUCAUCUUGGACCGAAGGGAAGAUCCUGCUACGCCACUUCUCAAUCAAUGGACCUAUCAAGCCAUGGUGCAUCAGCUAAUGGGAAUUCACAAUGGGCGAGUGAAUCUAGAUGAUGUCCCAGACAUCCGGCCAGAACUCAAAGAGAUUGUCCUAUCACAGGACCAGGAUCCAUUUUUCAAGAAGAACAUGUACCUGAACUUUGGUGAUUUGGGUGGAAACAUCAAGGAUUACGUAGAGCAAUACCAAUCCAAGACGAAGAACAAUGCCAACAUCGAGUCCAUCACGGAUAUGAAACGAUUCAUUGAGGAAUACCCCGAAUUCAGGAAGCUAUCAGGAAAUGUCAGCAAGCACGUUACUUUGGUUUCGGAGCUUAGUCGAAGAGUAGGCGCAGAAAACUUAUUGGAGGUUAGCGAGGUUGAGCAGAGCUUGGCCUGUAAUGAUAACCAUGUCACGGAUCUAAGGAAUGUGCAAAGGCUGAUACAGUCUCCGGCGGUGGCCCCCGAAAACAAGGUCGGGCUAGUGGCGCUAUAUGCUUUACGAUAUGAAAAGCACCCAUCUAAUUCCUUGGCUAUGCUUGUGGAUUUACUAUCUGCUGCCGGUGGUGUAUCCCCACGACAAGCAGAUUCGGUGGCUAAGUUGUUGAUUUACCACCACUCACUCCAGCAGUCCCAGACUGCAGGCGGCAUCGCCGAUAUCUUCGAGUCCGGAGGCCUAUUCUCAGGUGCUAGGGCCAUAAAGGGACUCAAGGGUGUUGAGAAUGUAUACACACAGCACUCUCCCCAUCUAGAAACGACCCUUCAGAACCUAAUCAAGGGUCGGCUGAGAGAGCAGCAGUACCCAUUUGUAGAAGGCGGCGGCACCACACGAGACAAGCCGCAGGAUAUUAUUGUCUUCAUGGUCGGAGGUGCGACAUACGAGGAAGCCAAGACUAUUGCGACCAUCAACGCCUCGUCGCCGGGUGUUAGGGUCGUGCUAGGCGGCACCAACAUUCAUAAUUCAGCAACUUUCCUCGAGGAGGUGGAUGAAGCUGUAUCUUCAUGGCCAGAGCCGCCACCGACUACGACGGCCGGGCGGUUAAGAAAGGAGCUUGGAAGACGGUAGUUGGAUAAUACCUAGGUAGUUAAGGCAUCUUACCUAGUACUGAAUCAACAAGAUUAUUCUUUGAAUUGACAAUUAUACAUAGUUAACUACUAUCGUAUCAAAUUCAAGUGAGCCGCCAAAGAGAUGUACAUGAUUGUUGUAGGUU